CGCCGAAUAAUCCUCUAUUCAACCCCAUUUCUUCUUCCGCUGCUCCUCGCCUGUCCCGGUUUUCGCUUCUCACGGCGCGGCUACAACGAUGGUGCUCCAGGCACAGAGCUUUAAUACGUUGAUGCAUCUCUCCAGCUACCCAAACGCCGGUAGCUGUCCGAUGGAGACUAGAACUUUUGUUUCUGUCGGAAGCUGUAAUAAAGAAUCGCCGUUGAGAUUGUCUGUAUCGGUAUCAGCAUUUUCAAAUCGUUCGACGAUUAGGCUACGUUGCAUUAAGCCGGAUUCCGAGGGGAAGACUGUGUCCGGUUCGACUGAGGCGGGAGACGGUGAUUUUGGGGGAGAAGCGAAGAUUUUGGAUAUUGGAGCAGGAGAUCAACCGAGGAUUGGCGGGGGUGGGGGCGAGAAUGGAGGCGGUGAUGAUGGUAGUGGUGGUGGUGGAGGGGAAGGUGGCGGCGAUGAUGAAAAUGAGUACGAGGAGAAAGAGUUUGGACCGCUUUUGAAGUUUGAAGAGGUAAUGAAAGAAGCAGAAGGAAGAGGAGUCACGCUGCCUGCAGAUAUGAUGGAGGCAGCAAAAAGCACUGGGAUCCGGGAAUUGUUCCUCAGUCGUUACUUGGAGUUGCAGGGGUCAGUUUGGCCGCUAGGCUUUUUAAUGAAAUACUGCUCUAUGCUUCGAAACCGAAUGCUGGCAGAUCCUUCAUUUCUUUUUAAAGUUGGAACAGAGAUAGUAAUUGAUUCCUGUUGUGCAACCUUUGCGGAAGUACAGAAAAGGGGAAAGGAUUUCUGGUCUGAGUUUGAGUUGUACCUUGCUGAUCUUUUGGUUGGUGUGGUGGUUGACAUUGCUUUGGUUGGUAUGCUAGCACCUUAUGCUCGUUUUGGGCAGCCAUCUGCAUCCAGAGGUUUAUUUGGGCGCAUACAACAUGCUUGUGCUGCUCUUCCUAGCAGUGUUUUUGAAGCUGAGAGGCCAGGAUGCAGUUUCUCAGUGAAACAACGGAUUGCAACAUACUUUUACAAGGGUGUAUUAUAUGGUUCAGUAGGAUUCACUUGUGGUUUUAUUGGGCAAGGCAUUGCAAAUCUGAUAAUGACUGCCAAAAGGAGCAUAAAGAAAUCAGAGGAUGACAUUCCUGUUCCACCUCUUGUGCAAAGUGCUGCUCUUUGGGGUGUUUUCCUUGCGGUAUCUUCCAACACUCGUUAUCAAAUUAUUAAUGGAUUGGAAUGCCUAGUGGAAGCGUCCCCUGUGGCAAAGAAGGUGCCUCCUGUUGCUAUGGCCUUCACAGUAGGUGUGCGGUUUGCCAACAAUAUUUAUGGUGGUAUGCAGUUUGUAGAUUGGGCAAAGUGGAGUGGUGUGCAAUAGCAUCAAUAGAAUUUAUGCCUAGUGCUGUAGCGUCUGCUUGGCGCUGCUCCUAGAAUAGUUAGAUCAAAUGGUGUCCCAAUACCCAAAACCAGCCACAAGAGAGGAUAAGAGGCUGGAUUGGAAGAUUCAUGAAAUGAUUAGAUGGUUGCUCUCUUUUUUUUUUUUUUGGCGUCAAUGGAUUCUCUCUUGAGAAGCCUCCUUUUUCCAUUUGGCUUGUGUGACCUGACGUACUUCAUCUCCUAGAUGGCAUAAAGCAAAUGUGGUAUUCCUCUCAAACUGGGGAAAAUGUGUGGUAUUCCUAUAGAUGGCAUAUAGUUUAUUUUAUUUAAAAGAAUUGGGUCUUUUCUUAGAGUAUCUCUUUUUGGUCUCUGCAACAAAGGUUGAUUCAGUCUCUCUCUUGGAGAAAAUGUGCGGGUAAAUAAAUAAUUUUUUUAUUU